AUGGUUCGCAUAUCGACACUCAUUUCUGCUGUGGCAGUCGGAUUCAGCUAUAUCGACGCUUUACCGACAAACCCUUUCGGGCUUUCCGGACUCGGAGGAGGUGUUAGAGGAGAGAUUGCUAAGAGAGAAGUUGUACUAUCGACAAUACCAGACGGUAUCAAAGCGGUCACCGGCAAUGGACCUGUCCCUGUCCGAUUGGACUUCAAAGAAUUCAUCAAGGAUGAUACUCGAAGAAACCUUUACAUUUUGGCGCUUGACAGAAUGAUGCGAAAAUCCCAAUCAGAUCCAACUUCGCAUUACCAGGUUGCCGGUAUUCACGGACGACCAUAUGUUGCCUGGGACGGGGUCAGAGGUGGAAACAAUGACGGUGGAUACUGCACACACGCCGACAUCAUGUUCCUUACUUGGCAUAGGCCUUAUCUCGCACUCUACGAAGGUAUUCUGUACGCAGAAGUUCAAAAGAUUGCCAAAGAGUUCAGAGCCGGAACAGAAGACUCGACAAAGGCCUUGGCUGUCGCUCAAGAUUGGAGAAUGCCAUACUGGGAUUGGGCUUCUGAUGCUACUAUCCCAGAACUCAUUGGAAAUACUCCUCGUGUCACUGUUCGACAGACAAAUGGACAAGAUCAAACAAUCGAUAAUCCAUUGUACAGCUACAAGUAUAAUUUCACAAAUGCCAGGACCCAGCAGAAUGAAUUACCCAGUCAGCCAUUUAACUCUGCAAGACAGACUACCCGUGUCUCAAUUAAUACUUUGAAUGCACAGCUUGCCAACAUUGGUAGCAAUCUUAGAGAUCGUGUGUUCAACUUGUUGGCAGAUACCGGUUAUGCCAACUUUGCUAGGUUCUCCAACAAAGGAACAACCACAGCUGUGAACGGCAAGGUCGACUCUUUAGAAUCCGUUCACGAUGUCAUUCACGCCACUGUCGGCGGUGGAUCUGGAGAAAUGGGCUGGGUAGACUAUGCUGCUCAUGACCCAUUGUUCUUCUUGCAUCACACCAACAUCGACAGACUAUUCGCCAUGUGGCAAGCGGUUAACACGAACAAUCCAAAUGCAUACAUUAAGCCGAAUGACCCGUAUACCAGCACCUAUGGAACUUUCGCCAUCCAGCGUGGUUCUAAACUCAAUUCUACCGCCCCACUCCCACCUUUCCGCAAAGCUAGUGGCAAUAACUUCUACAAUUCCGAUGAUGUCAAGUCGACCAAGUCUUUUGGAUAUGCUUACCCAGAAACCAUUGACUGGGAUAAAAGCCCUAGUGACUUUAUUAAAUGGGCCGCGGAACAAGUGAAUUUCAAGUACGGCCAAGGCGCCCCACCUGGUGUCCUCACAUCCAUUUCUUCUGCCACAAAUAGCAUGUCGAGAACCUCUAGCAGGACCACUACCACCUCGAGCCGUGUUUCUACUACUUCUUCCCGAACCACCACAACUAGCGCACGACCCUCCACUACCAGUUCUACCAGGCCAAGCACUACUCCUGUUAGGACUACUACUUCUGCUCGUCCUACUACUACUUCCGCUCGUCCUACUACUACUUCCGCUCGCCCCACUACCACACCCUCCACCACCCCUGCUAGACCGGUUUCUUCUACUACCACCGUUCGUACUACUUCCGCAGCCCCACCUGUACCCCAAGUCCCAACCACCACUAGCAGGCCGGUAACUACCAGCAGACCAGCAACCACAUCUUCUGUCGCUCCCCUGCCAACAUCCCCAGUUCAAGGAGGAACCCGCCCACCACGUGGUCCACGAACCUGCUCUAACACCCCUUGGUACCUCUGGUUCUGGUCUGGUCUUUGGGACUGUUUCUUCGAGGCCCGUCGUCAACACCAGAACCAGCAUCAGAAGCGCUUCGAUUUGAGCGACAUUGCUGAUGUCGCUGGUGAUGUUGUCAACACCGUCGCCACUGUUGUUGAAAAUGCCAUUGACAGCAUUCCUGAUAUCAAGGACCUCAUUGACCACGCCUCUUCCCUCAUCAGCGGUGAUCAAUACACUGAAUACGUCGCUCAGAUCACUGCCGAAAACAACGCUUUGGACGGAACCUUCACUGUCUACGUCUUCAUUGGUGACUAUGACAAGGAUCCAAAGACAUGGCCGCUCUCCAAGAACCUCGUCGGUCAGCACUCCGCUUUCACAAACAUUGGCGGUGGACAUCACUUCACCGGCGCCGGAACUGUUCCUUUGACUUCUGCCAUUAUUAACCUUGUUGCUAAUGAGAAGGUUGCAAAUCUUGGCCGUGCUGCUGUUGUUCCUUACCUCAGAGAUAACCUUCACUGGGAAAUCGCCACUGCUAGUGGUGAAGCCAUCCCAAGCAAAGACGUUAAGAACCUCAAGGUUGGCAUUUUCUCUUCCGAUGUUAGGUUGCCAUGCGUCGAUUCCUCCCUUCCAUUGUGGGGAAACACAAAGCCCGAGUACGAAAUCACACAGGGUAGGCCCGGUGGUCUCUGCAACGGCGAGAGCAUCGUCUAA